AUGUUGAAGAUCGAAUCUAAACCAAAUUUCAAAUUUUAUGACAGGUGUGCAGAGCUUAAUUUGAACCACUUGAUGUUUAUUGAUGAUGUUAUACUCUUUUGUCAUGGAGAUUUCAAGAGUAUCUACUAUGUUUUACAAGGUUUAAAGCUCUUUUCACGCUCUUCUAGUUUGCAACCGAAUCCAAACAAGUCUGCAAUCUAUUGUUAUGGUAUGGAUGAUCAAGAUAUUCAACGUAUCAUUGACUGCUCAAGAUUUAGCAAAAAAGAGGUACCUCUCAAAUACUUUGGUAUCCCUAUUUGUGCUAAACGUAUAUCAGUUAAAGAAAGCAUGGUGUUAGCAGAUAAAAUGACAGCUAGAAUCAAAACAUGGAGUUCAAGGAACUUAUCUCUAGCAGGAAGGGCCAUACUUGUUAACUCAAUCCUCAUGUCAAUUCAUUUUUACUGGAGUCAAGUUAUGGUUUUACUAAAGAAGACGAUUAGAGAUAUUGAAGCUAUUUGCCGAGCUUACUUGUGGAAAGGCCAUCAUGUGUCCCAAGGCUCUGGACCAAUUGCUUGGGAUCAUGUUUGCCAACCAAAAGCAACAGGAGGGAUCAGUUUGAAAAAGAUUGCAAAAUGGAACAUUGCAGCGAUGACAAAAUAUGUGUGGGUAAUUGCGAAUAAGGAAGACAAUUUGUGGAUUAGAUGGAUUCACUGUGUAUAUAUUAAAGGUGAGGAAUGGUGGAACUACCAAGCUCCACCCCAAGCAAGCUGGUAUUGGAGGAAAUUGGUUGUUGUUAAAAAUCAAGUUAAAGCUUCUAUGGACAUUCAUCAAUUUGUUUUCGUUCAGUACAAGAUAUCUAAUGGCUACAAGGCUCUUUGUCCCCCCCAAAACAAAAUGAAUUGGAGCCAUGAGGUAUGGAAUAGACUUAAUAUACCUAGACAUAGUUUUUUCUUAUGGAUUGUUGUCCAAGAUAGGCUUAGAACUAGGGAAAGGCUGUAUAAACUCAAUAUCAUUGGAGAAGACUUCUGCUUGUUCUGCAAAGACCAAACUGAAUCUUCAGAGCAUCUAUUCUUCUCUUUCUCCUUCUCUAAACUUUGUCUAUCUCAAGUAAAAGCUUGGCUUGGCUGGAGGGUUGAAACAACAGCUUUGAAUAGGUUGUUAAGAUGGUUAGAACGUGCCAAAAUCAGCAGGUUUCACAAGGUAGUAUUGGUCGCUGCUGUGGUUGCCUUGGUAUAUCAUUUAUGGAAGAACCGAAAUGAUAUUUUGUGGAACUCAACAAAGCAAGCACAGGAACAGGUGGUUCAUGUUACAAAGGAAGAUGUGAAGAGUAGAGUGGUCUGCAAUUGGCCUAAAUAUGUCAAACCGGUUGAUGGUUGUUGGUUUUCAACAUUGUAA